AUGGCUCAGCACGGCUUCGCCCAGUUUGGCUCUGCCAACGGUGGCAACAUCGACCCCAACGAUCUCGGCCUUUCUUCCCCCUACCCUAACACCAACAACUUUAACACCAACUCCAACCAGCCUAAUGGGUUUUCCAGCGGCUCCGCCGUCUUUGGUGAUGACGAACUACUCGAUGGCCUCGCCAGCCCUGGCGACAACCAACAUCUGAACCAGGACUUUAGUAACAUGAACAUGGGCUAUUCCCAGUCAAACUUUACCCACCGUGGUUCCCUCCAGAUUGACCCUACCAACGGCUACUCCAGCACCCCCGAUGGUGACCCUAUCCAGAGCCCGUUCAGCCAUGGGUUUGGCAAUGCACAGUUCCGCCAGAUGGGCACCUCGCUGCACUCUCCCCUCUCCUACAACGGGUCUCCUCUUGCCGCCGGCGAUAUGGCUUCCGCCAGAGCCAGAAUGUCCCAGGAGAUGCAAAGGAAGGCGUCCAACAACAGGACUCCCAUGACACCCAAGACCAACAGCAUCCAUGGAAUUCCCAUCGGCUCCCAUGAGUCUCCCUCAUUUGGCCCUCAGUCCAUGCAAAACUCUGGCAGCCAUGAAAAGUCCCCUGGUCAUUGGCUGAAUACUCCUAGUGGCAGCAUCCCAGCCUCGUACAACUCGGGGUUCUCCUCACCCAUGCAGCAAGGUAUGGUCCCCAUCAACGAGGUCAUGAUGAAGGGCGGCACAUCCAUGCCCGCCAAGCUCAGUGGUCCUCCCGGUGGCGCCGUAUCCUCCCAGGAGAUGAAACGCAAGCGCCGCCGCGAGUCGCACAACCUUGUUGAGCGUCGCCGCCGUGACAACAUCAAUGAGAGAAUCCAGGAUCUCAGCCGUCUUGUUCCCUCGCAUCGUCUCGAGGAUGAAAAGAUCCGCAAGCUCAUCCAGAACGGAACCCCCCUCUCCCCCACUCUGACUGGAAUCUCCAGCCCCUCCCAGGCCACCUCUGGUCUCGCCGGACCUGGAGCCAGAAGAGCCACUGGCGGUGCCGCUGGCAACAUCACCACCGGGCUCCCAAUCGAGGACAAGGACAAGGGCCCAAACAAGGGAGAUAUCCUCAACGGUGCCGUCAGCUGGACCCGCGAUCUGAUGUGGAUGCUGCACCUCAAGCUUCAACAGCACGAGGAGCUCAUGAACACUAUUACCGAGCUUGGUGGACAGUUCCCCUACGAGCUGACUGACGACGAGAGACGCAUGCAGACUGAGCUCAUGGAGGCCUUGACCCGCACCGAGAACGGCCACAUGACAUACUCCCGCACUUCUGGCUCUGGUCUUCGCGUACCCGACCACACUGACUACCGCGGCGAGCCUCUCAACGGUGCCGGUCCCAACCUUGACACCAUCGGUAUCACCCCCGAUGCCUCUGGCGCCUUGGGUGGCGACAUGGGUGAUGCAGCGCAGUUCUGGCACGAAGACCAUGACGAUGGUAGCGGCAACGUCCCGCUCAACUUCAAGCACGAAGAUGAGUACGACAUGGACCUGAACUAA